UACCCACCUAGCGAGAGUGAUGGGCAAGAAUACAAGAAAUUACCCUCCGUUUUCGUUUUGCUCAUCGAUUGCGUCAUCUUCUACUUUCGCCCUCGUGAAUCCUUCUUUAAAUACGGACCUGCGUUCAUCGUGCCUAAACACUCUCUCUCUCUCUUUUCUGUUUCCAAAACUGAAAGAUGUCGAAAUCGCCGGAACAAGAGCACCCGCGAAAGGCUAUCGGAUGGGCAGCAAGAGACUCCUCUGGAGUGUUAUCUCCUUUUAAGUUCUCCAGAAGGGAAACGGGAGAUGAGGACGUGGCGUUCAAGGUGCUUUAUUGCGGGAUCUGUCACUCCGACCUUCACUCCGUUAAGAACGAUUGGGGCAACGCUAUUUACCCUAUGGUCCCUGGCCACGAGAUCGUUGGUGUAGUGACGGAGGUGGGGCGCAAUGUCGACAAAUUCAAGGUCGGCGAUAAGGUGGGCGUGGGGUGCAUGGUGGGUGCCUGUCACUCCUGUGACAGCUGCAAGAAUGACCUCGAGAAUUACUGCCCCAAAAUGAUCCUCACCUACAAUAGCAUCUACUACGACGGCACAAUGACGUACGGUGGAUACUCCGACAUGAUGGUCGCCAAUCAGAGAUACGUAAUUCGGUUCCCGGACAACCUACCCCUGGACGCCGGUGCACCGCUCCUUUGCGCCGGAAUUACAGUAUACAGCCCCAUGAAGUACUUCGGUCUUUGUGAGCCCGGCAUGCACUUGGGUGUGCUUGGGCUCGGUGGGCUGGGCCAUGUGGCUGUCAAAUUUGCUAAGGCUUUUGGGAUCAAGGUAACCGUCAUCAGCUCCUCGCCCAAUAAAGAGAAGGAAGCCAUCGAACGUCUUGGUGCCGAUGCCUUUCUAGUCAGUCGCAAUCAGGAGCAGAUGCAGGCUGCCGCGGGCACGAUGGAUGGUAUCAUCGACACUGUGUCUGCUGUUCACUCUCUCAUGCCAUAUCUCUCCUUGCUAAAGUCUCAUGGCAAGUUAGUCAUGGUGGGUCUUCCGGAAAAGCCGGUGGAGAUUGCCGUCUUCCCUUUGGUUAUGGGGAGGAAGAUUUUGGCCGGGAGUUGCAUCGGGGGAAUGAAGGAGACACAGGAGAUGAUCGAUUUUGCAGGGAAGCACAACAUUACAGCCGACAUCGAGGUCAUUCCUAUUGACUAUGUGAACACUGCUAUGGAGCGUCUUGCCAAGGCUGAUGUCAAGUACCGUUUCGUCAUUGAUGUAGCAAAGAGCUUGACUUCUGCUUAGCUAUCUUGAUGGCGGAAAGUCAAUAGUCAUGGCUUAGAAGCUAGAACUAGAUAGACAAAUGUGGAGAUUGAUUGAAUCAUGUGGAGGGAAAAGAGUUUGUCUUAUAAUGUAUUUUAGGGUUUCUCAGGUUUGGUUUACAUAUUUCAUAUCCGCCGUUCACACCAGCAGAUUGUUAUUGAUUCGAACUUCUUGAACGAAAGUAACUCGGUUUGUUUGUUGUGUUUUGACAACUAUUGAGCUUGUCAUCAUUUCUUGUAAAAUCUAAAAUGAAUUAGAUCCCAAUUUGACUAUAAUUCA